CCGUGUGCGGUGAGCGCUCCGCAGCCCGCGCGCCGCUAUGGCUCUGCUGCACAGCCGCCGGCUCCUCGCCGCUCCGCGCCUCGCCUCCGCCGCCGCCCGCGCCAGCUCAUGGUGGUCCCACGUGGAGAUGGGUCCCCCAGACCCCAUCCUGGGGGUGACAGAAGCUUACAAACGUGACACCAACUCCAAGAAGAUGAACCUGGGUGUGGGGGCGUACCGGGACGACAACGGGAAGCCCUACGUCCUGAGCUGUGUGCGCAAGGCUGAGGCCAUGAUAGCAUCCAAGAAGAUGGACAAGGAGUACCUGCCCAUCGGGGGGCUGGCGGAUUUCACCCGGGCAUCCGCAGAGCUGGCCCUGGGCGAGGGCAGCGAGGCCUUCAAGAGCGGCCGGUACGUCACUGUGCAGGGCAUUUCUGGGACUGGAUCUCUGCGAAUCGGAGCCAACUUUUUGCAACGGUUCUUCAAGUCCAGCCGUGACGUGUACCUGCCCAAGCCAUCCUGGGGCAAUCACACCCCCAUCUUCCGCGACGCCGGCCUGCAGCUUCAGGCUUAUCGCUACUACGACCCCAAGACGUGCAGCCUCGACUUCUCUGGAGCCGUGGAGGACAUUUCUAAAAUUCCAGAGAAGAGCAUCAUCCUCCUGCAUGCUUGUGCUCACAACCCCACCGGGGUGGAUCCACGGCAGGAGCAGUGGAAGGAGCUGGCAGCUGUGGUGAAGAAACGGAACCUCCUGGUGUUCUUUGACAUGGCCUACCAGGGCUUUGCCAGCGGGGACAUCAACCGGGACGCCUGGGCCGUGCGGCACUUCAUCGAGCAGGGCAUCAACGUCAUCCUGGCGCAGUCCUACGCCAAGAACAUGGGGCUGUAUGGAGAGCGUGUGGGUGCCUUCACGGUGGUCUGCAGCGACGCAGAGGAGGCCAAGAGGGUGGAGUCCCAGCUGAAGAUCCUGAUCCGGCCCAUGUACUCCAACCCGCCGCUGAACGGAGCCCGCAUCGCCUCCCUCAUCCUCAACACCCCUGACCUGCGCAAGGAGUGGCUGGUGGAGGUGAAGGGCAUGGCUGACCGGAUCAUCGGCAUGCGGACUCAGCUGGUGGCCAACCUCAAGAAAGAGGGAUCCUCCCACAACUGGCAGCACAUCACUGACCAGAUUGGCAUGUUCUGCUUCACAGGGCUGAAGCCUGAGCAGGUGGAGCGGCUGAUCAAGGAGUUCUCCAUCUACAUGACAAAGGAUGGGCGAAUCUCCAUGGCGGGAGUCACGUCGGGCAAUGUGGGUUACCUGGCUCACGCCAUCCACCAAGUCAGCAAGUAAAGACAUGGCCCUGCCUGGAGCUGGUGGCUUUCCCUUCCCCACCCUGCCGAGCUGGGGAGGGAAAAGAAACAAGCAGAAUACUUCCAACCACAGUACUUGACGCUGCUGCUGAAUGUAUCAUGUAGAUGAGUUGUUGUAGAAGCCUAGUCACAGCCUGCCUGCCUGCUGGAGCAGGGGCAGUGGUGCUGGCUCCCGCUCACCACAGCCCUUCUGCCCGGCCUCUGCCCCUCUGCGCUGCCCUCCUGCCAGCACAGGCACCAGAGGCUUCCCCACGCUCCUCCUCGCUCCAGGAGAGGGCUCUGGGAGGCUGUUGGCCAGGGCUGGAGCAGCAAUGGGGGUGGCUGUGGGGGAGGGCAGCUCAGAAACAACCCUGCAGCCACCUCAGCCUGCUGCCAGCAGCCUCCAUCCUGCACCUUCCUGGCCUGGGGCUGGCAGUGCCAAAGCCACCCUCUGGCUGCCAGCUCCGAGGACUUGUCACUGCUGCCAUCUGCUCCAUCAUUGGCUUCACUCGUUCCAUGUGGGACUGUCCUGAGAUGUAAUUCAGGGUGGCACUGGGGUGUGGAGUGGACCCCUGUCCCUCCUCUGAGCCUGCCUUGUUCUCCCAACUUCACUCCCAUACCCUGAGGUGGGACAAUUUCUCACCUGCUUCCCCAAUAAGAACCUCCUCUGAAAACAGCUCUCUCUUAAUCUCUGCCUCUGCCUGUUUCUGUACCAGCCCUGGCAGCCCUCCCUGCAGAGCUGAGGCUGUGUGUGUGUCCCAAAGCCAUGAGCCGAGAGGGGGGCCUGGCUGUGUCCACUGCCCGGGGGGGUAUGAGGUGUCCCUCAUCUGCUCCUUCAGCCAAAUAUCUGGAGCCUCCAGAGCAAAAGAUCCCGAGGGAAAACUGAGAGCUGACAACUCCAAACAAUGUUGUCUUACUAAACUGAGCAUCCCCGAGGCCGUGUGAGUGGCGGGACUCUGGUUUUUAAUCCAAAUAAAGUGGUGUGUGGCUGUGUCAA